UGACGUUAAACAGCUUUGCCGAAAAAAAGUUGUUCACUUUAAGUCGCAUGACGGGCGCAAUGUUCUAGUUUUUAACCCCCGUUCAGCCGUCUUGCGGAAAUCUCGGUAGUUUAUGCUAUGUACAGUGUGUGUUGGCUUUUCAUGCUAUACAAGCACUCCAGCUGCCACAAACAUAGCAAGACACAAACUGUGGGGAAAUCGACAGUAAAAUCACGUUAAGGAAUAUACAAAAUGACAUCGUUCAAGCUGUAUUAUUUCGAUGGUAGAUGGACAGCCGAGUUGGCUCGUUUGGUUUUCAAACAGGCCGGAGUUGAUUUCGAGGAUAUCAGAUACACAGAGGAGGAAUGGCCACAACAUAAAUCAGAGAUGCCACUGGGUGCAAUGCCUGUGUUGGAAAUGGAUGGUCGAAAGAUAUGUCAGAGUUUUGCGAUUGCGCGAUACCUUGCAAAGGAGUUUGGGCUGUUUGGAUCGAAUAAUAUGGAAGCGUUCUUGAUCGAUGAGUUAUUUGAGAUAUUCGCGGAAAUAGUCAACAACUACAUUGUGAAAAUCUACUAUGAAAAAGACGAGGACAAAAAGAAAGAACUUGCAGAAACCUUAAAGAAGGAUAGCGCACCAAAAUACCUAAACCUAAUCGAGAAACGACUGAAGGAGAACACGAGCGGAAGUGGCUUUUAUGUUGGGUCGGAAGUGACUGUGGGCGAUCUGCUCCUUUACAAUAGCAUGGACGGCCACCGCAAGUGGUUGGGGCAGUACGGUGUGGAUAUGUACGAGGGCCGACCCCUGCUAGAGGAACACUUCAAGCUUGUGGGGGCGCUCCCAAACAUAGCGAAAUGGGUGCAGGAACGACCUGAGACGGCUUAUUAAGAUUCCAAACUACUCGCCAACAAUUAAAAUUGCGAAUUAAGCGUAGUUUACAGACGUUUGUUCAAACCGUGGUAGCUUUUGUCACGAGUCAUAUUUGGCCCGAGAUUAUGGCCAAUUUUUUUUAAUAAAAUGAUUUUCGGAUUUUUUUUCUAAAAGUGUCAGGUAGGAGGACGGAAAAAAAAGAUGGGUGACCAAAUAUGCACUCAUUUAAAUAUGUUAUGGUAUGAAGUUCUUUUUACUAAGCAACCACAGUGAUUUUUUUCAAACAUGUUGAUGUGCAAAAUGAUUAUAAUCAGACUGUAGGUCUUGAUGUGCAGUUUUUAAAUUAGUUUGAAUUUUAAAAAUAUCUUAACUAGUUUAAAAGUUAUUCAAUUUUUGUACUUGUCUACAAUAAACUUUUUGGUGAUUUUU